CAGUUGGAGGAGAAGAAAGGACUUGUGGGAUUGAGAGCUUUGAAAGGAGUCUUUUACCCUGUAUACUCAUGAGAGACAGGAGUGAGGGACUAAAGUGAAGGACCCCAAAUCGGUGGUACCAGAGCCUUGCCUACAUUUCCCUUUACCCUGGAAGACAGAAAGAUCCCUGACAUCUCUGGAUCAUUGAUUAAAGAAGCAAAAGAAGGGCAGAAAACAAAUCAACACCAUAAUCCCACAGAAGACUAUUUAUUGGAACACAGCUCCUGUUCAUCCCUGCCCCAACAUCUGCUCAGGAGCACCCCUCUUUUGUGUUUAAGAAGACCCAUCUUUGGGAAUGAACCAUGUAGAAAAGAAAGAAUAAUAAAGGUGAAUCAAUCUCCAGGAGCUGACACACUGACUCAAGUGGAGCCUGCAGAUACCUUUUGAGAUUAGACAAAAUCUUGAAGCUUGAAAUGAUCAUCCCUGGAGUCAUCUGAUAGAAGAAUUUUUCCUCUAUCUCUAAAAAGGCUGAAAAAAUGUAGGCAUGUCUAUGGAGGAGCUCACUCUUUGCAGAUACAUUGCUUAUCAGAUCUUUCUCCAAUCCCCCUCAAUGCUCAGCUCCUAGUUUUCUCCCCCUUCUAAUUGCCACCCCAUCCACACCUUUGUGUCUUUCCUUCUUCCAGGGGCAUAAUUUCCUUCCUAAAUUUUGGAAUGCUUCCUUGGGGACAGAUAAUAGAUAGGACAGAGCUGGAUAUGAGGAAGCCUGGGGGACUGGGGACUUCAUAUAUAUAUAUAUAUAAGGUCUAGGUAUUCUCCAAGACAUCCCAAACAAACCCUCUUCAUUCUCUGACUGGUCUACCUACCACUGAGCACCAUGCUGAAGGAGGCAAUCCUCGCCUUCACUCUGUUCUCUCUGGUGAUGUCUGCCCCAACAUCAAAACCAGAACCUGUAGAAAGUACAGCUGUGGCUAAGACAGAUCCUCCUGCUGAUGGACCUCAGAAGGGACCCCAAGAACCAGCCAAUACUACAACCAAUCCAGAGACUCCAAAGACAUCUGCUUCUAAGACUAACCAAGUAACUUCAGCACCCCCCCAAACUACAACCAAGCAGGAGGUUCCAAAGAAUGAGCCAAAGACUGUUGCUCCUGAGAAGAAGCAAGUAACUAAGGCACCAGCUGAAACUACACAAGAUGAGCAGGAUCUGAUGAAGUGGAUACAGAAAAUGAUAUCGGAUGAAAAAGAAAUAGAACAUAUUGUGAAUGACUGUGAUGAGGAAGAAGUACCAAUGCAGAUACAGAAUGAAAAUGACAUCGAUUAUGUGCCAUACAACUCAGAUUAUGACAGCCCUGAUGAUUUCUACGGAAGUGAGACUGAGGAUGAUUAUAACAAAGACUGCAUUUCAUGCUAUUAAAUGUAAAAGGCAACAACUUAACCAGAAUGUGAAGAAAAUAUCAAUCUCCCCUUUUCUGAGAACUGGAACAUCUUCCUCAACUUCCAUUACAUUGCUGGAAAAUUUAGAUCUUCAGAACACGUUGCUUUCAGUUGGACAGUACAAAUGAGGGAAG